GGCGGGGGCGGGGGUGGGGCAGACAGGUCGAAGGUGAAGUGAGUUCUAAGUGAACGAAGCAGGUCCGGGCUGAGGCCAGGGAGAGAUGGUGCUGCGUUCUGCAUCCUGACUCAGAGGAUUUUUAACAGCCUUCAUCUCAUCCGAAAUGACUGCAACCGAUUAUCAUUGUUAUUCGGAGUUUUUCCAGAGACAGGUCCUCGCCUGUUUCCUUACAAACCCACACUAUGGCAGCCUCAUUAAUGCAGAUGGCCAUGCUGAAGUGUGGACGGAUUGGAAUGAUAUGUCCAAGUUUUUCCAGUAUGGAUGGAGAUGCAACACUAAUGAAGAUGCCUAUUCAAACCGUACCCUGAUGGGCAACUGGAACCAGGAAAGAUAUGACCUAAAGAAUAUCGUGCAGCCAAAACCCUUGCCUUCCCAGUUUGGACACUACUUUGAAACAACAUAUGAUACAAGCUACAACAACAGAAGGCCACUUUCAACCCAUAGGUUUAAGCGAGAGCCUCACUGGUUCCCAGGACAUCAACCUGAGCUGGUUCCUCCUCCAUACAAAUGCACAGAAAAGUCAACUUACAUGACUAGUUAUUCAAAGCCUCAAACUGAUCAUCACUCUGUGUGUGUGUGUAAUCCUAGUAACUGCCAGUUUCAGAGUCCAUGAUUCUAAGAAAGAAUAAGUUUCGUUUUUCCAGCGUAGAAUGUAGGAGGGAGCCCAUUUUAAGCACAACUAAGAAUUUAGCUGACUGUAGCACAGUUUUACUGUCUGAAUAAAUAAAGCCCAACAAAUUUUCUCUACCCCCACUCUUUUAAACCAAGAUUUAAAUGUCAAAUUUAAGUUAAGUAUAUUUACUCUUACUCUACAUUACGAGUGUUGUAGGACAGCAUUGAAAAGAGUUAUUUCUUUCAAAUCUACAACCACUCUGCUCUUCCCUGCCUUGUGUGAGGGGCAGAGCUGCAAAAUCCAUCCUGACUUAGGCUACAUUUGGCUAGAUGCUUUCUGGAUGUGAGCCUGGUAGUCAUGGUCAGAUAAGUUAUAUUUACUGUCUUCUAAUGCAUAUCCCCUCUUAAGGACUAGAAGAAGAAAUAUAACUAUUUUUAUUAAUAUGGAAAAUUUGAAACAUAAAAAACUAGACAGAAUAGUAUAAUGAACUAGCAUGUACCAUUACCCAGCUUCAACAAUCAAUGACUAAUCUUAUCUAUCCCUAUUUACUUUCUCUAUUUUUAAAUUUUUCUCUGAAAUUAUAUAAUUUAAUCUAAAUAUUUCAGUUUAUAUCUCAAAAAGAUAAAAGACUGUCAAAUUUUGACUCCCUGACAAAGAUCGCCAAAGAAAACUGCUGAUCAGACAAAGCUGAGUUGUUUAUUAAACCUGUGACAAGGAAGAACCUCAUCUUGACACAAUCUUGGUAAUGAUUCAGAAAGGUGAUGUUAGGGUAGGAUACUUUUAGGAAUUUGGGAUGACUCAGCUGGUUUAAGAUGGGUCUUUCGUUGUGAGGAACUGGCUACAAUUGAGAAAAAGAUUGUGAAUAGUUUAGGGUUGGUGAACACUCAGAGGCAAUGGUCUUAACAUCAGUACUUUCCUUUUUUUUUUUUUUUUUUAAAUCUAUUUAAGAUGACAAUGUAAUAUAUGGGAACUGUCUCCCAUAUAUUACCUCCCAAAUCUUCAUUAUUUUUUGAAACAGGUAUGAAUAUGGAAUUUAUGUUAUACAUGAUGUUGGGUAGUGACUAAGUUUUGUUUAUUUCUGUAUGGCUAUCCAGUUGUCCCAAUAUUAGUUAUGAAAAAGACCAUCCUUUCUUCACUGCUCUUCAGAGCCAUUUUUAAUAUAAAUCACCUAUCUGUGUAUACUUGGGUAUGUUUCUGGGCUCUCUAUUAUAUUCCAUUAGCCUAACCGUUGUUUUUUAUUUAAUCCCAUCUUAGCUAUAAUGCCUUAAUUACCUCACUAUCUUAAUUAUGAUAAUUGUAUAAGUCUUAACAUCCAGUAGAUCAAAUCAUUUUACUUUGUGUUUCUGCAAGAGCGUCUUAGCGAUUUUUGACGCUUUGCAUUUCCAUGUAAAUUUUAGAAUCAAUUUGCCAAGUUCCACAAAAAAGAUAGGAUGUUGAUGGAAAUUGCAUUGUAUUGUUUGAUCAGCUAUAGAAUUUGAAUUAUUAUCUCUUGCUAAUAUUAAUAAUUCAUUGGUGUACAUUUUCCAGUAUGAAUAUUUUAUAGACACAUGUUUUAAGUUUAUAUGUUAUGUGUCUGUCCUACUCCCUAGGUAUCCAGUGCAUUUUUUAUUGUGAUAAAAUAUAACAUAAAAUGUACCAUUUUAACUUUU